UGCAGGGCUGAAAUUUGACAUGAAGUACAUGAACUUCCGUGUCAAAGCUUGCAACAAAGCUGUGGCAGGAGAGUUUUCGGAGCCGGUUACUUUGGAAACAAGAGCCUUCAUGUACCGCCUGGACGGCAGCACCAGCCACCAAAAUCUCAAGGUGGAAGACCUCAGCGUGGAAUGGGACGCCAUGGGCGGGAAGGUGCAAGACAUGAAAGCCCGUGAAAAGGACGGGAAGGGCCGUACCGCUUCCCCGGUUAAUUCUCCAGCCAGGUAACUCCUCUGCUUUGC